AUGCCCGCCCCGACCCGCGAAAGAAAUGAAACCACGCCUGCAAACAAAGGUGGGAAAUUCAGCUUUGCUUUCAAGUCAAAGGCCGCGCCAUCUCCAGCUCCGAAGCCGGUACCCGAUCUUGCCCAGCGGAUGCAGGUCCGCGAGCCAGCUCCUCGCGCUCCCGGGUCAAGCCCUAAUCCCCGCAACCGCUUCACCAAUGAACCCUUGCCGACAUUCAAACCAGAAUCACGAGCUGAUCGCCGUGACCGGGACCGGGGACGGAACCGGGAUCGAGACCGUAGAGAUUUCCGGGAGUCUCAAGAAUUUCGGGGGCCACGGGAGUUCCCACGGGACCGAAGGGAUGAUCGCCGGUUCGAUCAACGGCGUGACCGUAGACAAGGCGAACGACCCUCAGACAGGGCCCAAGACUGGCAGGAUCGCCGCCAUGAUCCAACGCCAGAACCGCCAAGAGAAAGUCCUCCUCCUACGCAGAAACGGAUCCUCACUCGUCCCAAACCUCGGCCCACGCUUCCAGAGGAGUUUGCUAAUGCUGAAUCUGUGUACUUCCGAAAGCCGGGCAAUGAGUCUGUGAUCGGCGCUGGGACCUAUGGCAAAGUUUUCAAAGGAAUUCAUGUCUAUACCCAGCGCAAGGUUGCUCUCAAGAAGAUCCGAAUGGAAGGGGAGAAGGAUGGUUUCCCUGUCACGGCGGUGCGGGAGAUAAAGCUGCUUCAGCAUCUUCGGAACCAUAACGUCGUUAGCCUCCUCGAGGUCAUGGUCGAAAAGAACGAAUGUUUCAUGGUCUUCGAGUAUCUCUCCCAUGAUCUGACCGGCCUGAUCAAUCAUCCCACCUUCUCUCUCACUCUCUCCCACAUGAAAGAUCUGGCGAAGCAGAUGUUCGAAGGUCUUAAUUACCUUCACCAUCGGGGUGUCCUUCACCGCGAUAUCAAAGCAGCCAACAUAUUGAUCAGCAACCGAGGAUUGCUGAAAUUUGCAGACUUCGGCUUGGCCCGAUUCUUCUCCAAGAGCCGACAGCUUGACUAUACCAAUCGAGUCAUCACUAUAUGGUAUCGACCUCCGGAACUUCUCCUGGGUGAGACUCGCUAUGGCCCUGCUGUCGAUGUGUGGAGCGCCGCAUGCGUUUGCAUGGAGAUGUUCACCAAGAAGGCUGUCUUCCCUGGCGAAGGCGGCGAGUUGAGCCAGAUGGACAAAUUAUACAACGCUCUGGGUACUCCCACUAAGACCGAGUGGCCCGACCUUGUGGAGAUGCCUUGGUUCCACCUCAUGCGACCGACGGAAAGAAAGAAGCGUGUCUUUGAGGACAUGUAUCGUGAUGUGCUGACAGCUGGCGCGAUGGAUCUUAUUUCGUCCAUCUUCCGUUAUGAUCCCUCUCAGCGCCCGAGUGCUGAGGACGUUCUCAAGCAUCCCUACUUCGUAUCGGAGGAACCAGCUCCUCAACCACCGAUUGAAUUGGAGCACGUCGAAGGGGACUGGCAUGAGUUUGAAUCUAAGGCACUUCGCAAAUCUCGGCGCGCUGAGUACCAGAACCAAAAGGACCGAGACAAGCGUAAGGCUGAUUCCUCGGUGCCUAGCAGUGACCAGGAUUCUAAGCGGGUCAAGCCAGAUUCCGGUGAUCUUACCUCUGCGCGUUAG